AUGUGGCCAAAGGCAUUAACACCCGUUUUACUCAUAGCCCUUCUACUUCUGCUCGUCCCCUCAUUAGCCGACACCGAAAAUGACGUUCCCUUAGAUGGCGAGGCCCGUUGCAACUGCGAGGACGACGGUGGUUUCUGGACAAUCGAGACAAUCCUCAACUGCCAGCGCGUGAGUGACUUCAUGAUCUCGGUUGCCUACUUCUCCAUCCCGAUCGAGCUCCUCUACUUCCUCAGCUGCUCCACCAUCCCUUUCAAGUGGGUAAUCGUCGAGUUCAUCGCCUUCAUCGUCCUCUGCGGCAUGACCCACUUCCUCAACGGCUGGACUUACGGGCCCCACUCCUUCCACAUCAUGCUCACCCUCACCGUCUUCAAAUUCCUCACCGCCUUAGUCUCGUUCGCGACCGCCAUAACCCUCGUCACCCUCCUCCCCUUGCUCUUGAAACUAAAGGCUCGAGAACAUCUGUUGAAGAAAAAGACGUGGGACCUCGACCGCGAGGUCGCGUUGAUAACGAAGCGCAAGGAGGCCGGAUUGCACGUCCGCAUGCUCACCCAAGAGAUCCGCAAGUCCCUCGACCGGCACACGAUCCUCCACACGACGCUCGUCGAGUUGUCGAAGGCGCUCGACUUGAAGAACUGCGCCAUCUGGAUGCCGAACGCGGACCGCACGGCGAUGAACCUCACCCACAAGGUGCGCGGGCGGACGUUCUCGAGCUCGUCGUCAUCCGUGAUUCCCUACGGCGACCCGGACGUGCUCGAGGUGAAGAAGGGCGGAGGGGUUCGGGUGCUCGACGGGUGCCGAGCGGAGGUCGGGAUCGUGGAGGCGGUAACGGACCAGGUGGCGGUGGCGGUUUCGCACGCGGCCGUGCUGGAGGAGUCGCAGAGCAUGCGCGACAGGCUGGCGGAGCAGAAUCUGGCGUUGGAGCAGUCGAGGAUGGAUGCGUUGAUGGCGAAUCGGGCUAGGGCGACUUUCGAGCGGGUGAUGAGUGACGGGCUGCGAAGGCCCAUGCACUCUGUUUUAGGGCUUCUGUCUUUGCUGCAGCAGGAUGAUGUGGGGGUGCUGGGGUGUGAGCAGAGGCUGCUAGUGGACACGAUGGUGAAGACGGGUGGCGUGCUGUCUGUGUUGAUAGGGGAUGUGAUGGGGACUUCUGGGAGGGGAAGGGCUCGACUGGAGACGAGGGGUUUUCGGCUGCGCUCGAUGAUUCGGGAAGCUGCGUGCCUGGCGAAGUGCCUGUGUGCGUACGCGGGGUGUGGCUUUGUGACGGAGGUGGAGAGGACGCUGCCCGAUAAAGUGAUGGGGGAUGAGAGGAGGGUUUUUCAGGUGAUUCUGCAUAUGGUUAGAUAUUUGCUGGAUGGGAGUAAAGGGGGGUGCAGCUGCCUUACACUAAGGGUGUGUUCAGCGGGUGGGAGUGAGAGUGGGUGGAGUGAGCAGAGCUGGGGGCAGUGGAGUUGGAACUCGUGUGACGGGUAUGUGUGUACGAGGUUCGAGGUUGGGAUUCGUAGUGGUGGGUUGUCUCGGUCGGAGGAUGGGCUUGCUUUGGCAGCGUACGGUGGGCAUGGGCAUUGUGAUGGGGGGUCGGAGGAGAGUUUGAGCUUUGCUGCAUGCAAGAAACUUGUUAAGAUAAUGCAAGGCGACAUCUGGUUAACGUCAAACCCAGAAGGUUUCGACCGUAGCAUGGCUCUCGUCCUCCGUUUUCACAUCCCUUCACAAACAACUGCCGAGCCACCAUCCUCUGGCCACCUCCGUUUAGAAAACUCCAUUUUCAGGGGCCUCAGGGUUCUCCUAGUCGAUGCAGAUGACUUGAACAGGGCCGUGACUCGGAAGCUUCUAGAAAAACUAGGCUGCACUGUCUCGUCAGUCUCUUCCGGUUACGAGUGCCUCAGUGCCAUGGGGCCUUCGGUUUCGUUCCAGGUCGUGCUUUUGGAUCUUCAACUGCCCGAUCUCAAUGGUUUUGAUGUCAGCACCAGAAUUCGCAAGUUUUGUAGUCGAAAUUGGCCGCUAAUUGUUGCCCUGACAGGUAAUGAUGAUGGUGAUGUGGUGGAAAGGUGUGUGGGGUCCGGAAUGAAUGGGUUCAUUCAGAAGCCGGGUACUUUGCGCGAGAUCUCGGACGAGCUUAAGCGCAUAUUGGUGCAGGUGAAUAGGAUUUGAGGUUUUUGUUAUGUUAUGGUGGUGGUGGUUUAGGAUGGGAAUGAAUGGGUCUCGUUAGAAUAAAACGAAAUAGAAAGGUAAUGUUGUUCUGUAAGGUAGCUAGCGUAUGGGACCCUGUCGUUCGGCUAGAGACAUUAUAUAUAUAUAUAUACAAGAAUAUAGUGAAGAAAAAAAAAUGAUAUAGAAAAUUGAACUGGUUUUUUAGUUCCCUAUUUUGUUUUCUGGGUUGAGUUCACUUUGGCAGCUAAACUAUAAUAGUGGAUCAUUAUUCUAUUUGAUU